AUGCGGUCCCUCUUCUCCCGCUCCCCCGAUCUCGAAGGAGGCCAAAACCGCACCUACAAAAAAGGUUUCACAGGCGAUCACCGCGGCCGCACACACAUCCCUCCCCACCCUUCUCCCAUCUUCCCAACCCAACCGCAACAAGAUCCCUUCAACGCUCCCCCCGCCGCCUACAGACACGAUACCAUCUUCAGGCCACCACCAAGCCCCAGUCCCAAGAGCGUCACCUUCAGCGACCGAUCAUGGAGUGCGCUCUCCAACGCCGGGACCGCAGGAAAUACAGCUGGAAGUGGAAGAAUAUUCCGUAAUGUUCCCGCGACAGAUAGGUCGCAGUUGGAUAAAGAACACUUAGAUAGAUUACACGAAUAUCUUGGAGUUCUCCCUGGGAGUGGCACCCCUCAAACUCAGAGAGAAAAAAGACGUUUUAGUAUUAGUGAUCCUAAUGAUCGACCUAUUCCCAUCCCCAUACUUAGUUCCUCAACUCCUGUUCCUCUCUCCCCGCAUUCACGCGUUAAGAAAAAUCUCAAACAUAAAGCGGCAGAACAGCAUUUUAGGAGAAAUAAUGGAAGUACUGCGUGUUCGCAGGAUAGGUUGCUGGGCGAGCUAGAGGAGGAUCAGGUGGUUUAUCAGACGAGGGUUUUUAGGGAGGCGUUGAGGACGGCGCUUAGUAUGCGGAAGGGGGAGGAGGAGGGGGAGUUUGCUGGAGAGGUGAAGAGACCGGUUAUGCAGAGGAGGGGCGAGUGAGGGGUUAGGAGGGGGUUUGUAGGACCGCUUGAGGAGAGGAUGGUGGAGGAGGUUUUGCCGAGGGAUUUGGAGGAAUUUUUGGAGAAGUAUGAUCCGAGGGCGGAGGAUUUGCCGGAUGUGUGAGUUCUUUUGUGUUGAGUUUCUGGGAGGAAUUCAGGGGUGAGGUUUUGAUGUGCUAAUUUGGUGUUUAAAUAGUUAUCCGAUGGGUGAACAUAGGGCAAUGCUUCGAACAAUGUAUUUGGAGGAUAUACUACACUCGACUGCGAAAUUGCAUAAGCAUAAUUGGAUAUUGUUGAGUAGGAAUGAGAUGUAUAACGAAU